AGAACUACUAGUUAUUACAGUUAAUUGUCAUAAUCAAAAGGUUUGAAAAACUAUGUACAAAAACCACUGAAGUAUGUAUCUAAUAAAAAAACAAGUUAAAUGCUAAACAAACGCAAAAAUGGACUUGAUUGAUCUAAAUUAUUGUAUGACAAACGACGAAGUUCAUAAGCCCAAAGCAAAUGUUUGUUUUUGUUGUUUAAAUGACAGUAAAACCUUGAUUCGAUUUCAGUUUUGUAAACACCGGAUAUUCCUUCAAAAUCAUUUUAAAGAAAAGUUGAACAUACAAAACCUAUUUGUGUGUGUCAAAUGCCACAGUUUCAUGAAAAAGAUCAAUCUGUUCUUCAGGCAAGUGGAACAGAGCUAUUCCACGCUCAAGGCACAGAUUCCAUAUAAUAAUGCAAACAUAACCACAAAUCUCAUACGAAGUAAUAUUGAAGUAAUAUCAAACUUAAAUGAUGUCAAAGAAAUCAAAAUUGAACCUUUAACUCCACAAUUUCAAGAUGACAUUGAAAUUGAAGUUAAGCUUGAAGAAGCACCCAAUAUUAGUAAGUCAACAGUACGGAGUCUUCCAGAACCUCUACAGAUUCCACAUAACAAUGUUAACAUGUCUACAAUAUUGAAUAACUAUAAUUUUAAAGUAAUAUCGACCUCAAAUGAUGUAAAAGAAAUCAAAAUUGAACCUAUCACUGCUCGAUAUGAAGAUGAUGAAGAUGAAAAUGAUAUUGAAGUUAAGUUGGAAGAAAAACACAAUAUUAGUAAGGCAACAGUACAGAGUCUUCAGGAACCUUUACAGGUACCUCAAGCACCGGUCACCGUCCUCGUCGAACCCAUCCCACCCACGGGACCACCUACUCUUCUCGCUCACGGUUCGACGGUUCAUCUUCUAGCCGAUCAUGAUAAUAAAAGAGAACGUCAGAAACGAUACAGAGAGCAGAACAGAGACAAAUUGAAAAAUCGUGAAGCGGAAAGAAGAAAACGUAUACAACAUACACAAAGUAUUGCCGGACUAUCUGCGUCAUCAAACACAAUAAAUAAUGAAGAAAUUGUAACUGCUCAAAGUUUAUCGGGUUGGGAAGAAACUCGACCGUCAUCAAUUCAAAUAAACGAGAGAGACAAAGAAAUGAAUGCUCUCCAGAAAAAAAGGGAACGUCAACGAAGGUACAGACAGCAGAACAGAGAUAGACUGAAGCAGCGCGAAGCGGAAAGAAGAAGGAGAAGUCUACAAAAUGCAGAAAUGAUUACAGAAUUAUCUAUGUAGAUACCCGUAUAGCUGCUGGUCGGUUAUGUCGUGUUGAAUCGUGUUGUAUAUAUGGGAGCGGCGGAGCGCAGAGCGACGUGCGUUCGUCUCGGUGUUGUUGCCUCGACUGGCGAGUGGCGACCGGUUUCGGUCACCACAGCAUUUACUGUACAUUCGUUUGAGUGGCGUUGGGUGGACGAGCUCACAGCCCACCUGGUGUUAAGUGGUUACUGGAGACCACGGACAUCUACAACGUAAAUGCGCCACCCACCUUGAGAUAUAAGUUCUAAGAUCUCAGUAUAGUUACAACGGCUGCCCCACCCUUCAAACCGAAACGCGUUACUGCUUCACGGUAGAAGUAGGCAGGGCGGUGGUACCUACCCGCGCGGACUCACAAGAGGUCCUACCACCAGUAGAUGUACGGGGCUGCACUAAGGAGACGCUGCCAUCCCGGGAUUCUGCGAUUCUGUUUCAAAUAGGGCAGCAUGCCAUACCGGACAAUGAGAAGAUCUUCCACCAAGCGUGUGUAAUUGCUCGGUAGACCGACUGUCCAAAUGUUAUUGUUCAUAACUUGUAUAAAUAUGCAAGCUUAUCUUUAAAAUUUCGUAGGAAUCAUAGACGAGAUUCAGGCAUCUGUCUAAUAUCUUGUGUUCUGUGAUGGCUACCGCCACGCCUACCGCCACGCCUACUUCUCCGAAUACACAGAAUUUAUAGAUGUAAUGAAUGUAAUACCGUCAGAGGAAACAUAGAAUUAAUAUAACUAUUACCGAAGUCAUUAAAUAAAAGUAAAAUUGAUAAA